UUGUUUUACGCAAUUAUUUUUUUUUCUUCAUUUAUCGCUGCCAAAGCCGAUCCAGAGCAUGAUGACCUUUACAUUCUUCUUGACGAAAUUAACGUUUACUCUUGUCGAGGAGUGAAAAAUGAAAUUAAACUGAGCGAAGAAGAUGUAAAUAUUGUUAAUGAGAAAGGGAACAAAGUUUAUUUCAUCAAAGCGCCGGGUAAUUACUCGCUUCACUUCAAGAAUAUCAAAGUUCUUAAUGACUUUGGUUAUCUAUCCGGCGAAAUUGGAGUUACUUUACAAGUACCACUUUUGGAAGGGCCUGCAGGUAUAAGAUUUGAUUUGCCAUACACAAUGAUUCCUGAAACUGGGUUGCUGAAUCAGCAAUGCGAUGAGCACAGUGGUAUUGUUGAACGAGAUGGACGACAAUAUUGUCGUUAUUGCGACAUCUGUGGUCUUUCCGAGAAGAUUGAAGAUGGGUUGAACAGUGAAGGACAUGUUUUUUUACCUGAACUUGCCAGUGGUCAUGAAGAGAAAUUUUCGCCAAAAUGUAAUCAUAUUAAUGCUGAUAGUUAUGAAUUUAAACGAACAUUAAAUUUACCUGGCCGGAGGAAAUUGGAGGAAAAAGUUCGGGAGAAAAUGCAAGGUCUUGAUGGUGAAAUCAAAAAACGUCUAAACAAAGGACGAGGACGUUUUCAAGUGUUCUUAAAUUUGAUCAGUUCUGCGCAGCCACCAAUUAGGCAAAAAGCUUGGUUUGAUAGUUCUUCGCAGUGUCGUUGCUGUGACAGAAAUCGAGAUGCUUCAUGCAGAAAUAUGCUCAGUUUCUUGUACUGUAAUGCUGAAGACUGUAAAAGCGCUUGGGCUCAACAGUGCCUGCAUAAUUCUGCCCGUAUUGCUGCCUGUUAUACCGUUGAAUUUAAUUAUCGCAUGACAACUGCUUAUGCAGAUGUGGUACAUUUUUUGCGUGAAAAUAAUUAUCCAAAUCAAGAAAUUGCAACUCGUCGACCAAUUGUUACUACUGAACCCUAUGAUCAGUUGAGUGAAAAUGAGCCAGCAGAUAAAACAUCAUUAUCUGAAGCCUGUACAGCUAAAAUGCCAAAACGAUUAACGCAUCUACGACGAUAUUGUACAAUAUUCUGGAAUCAAAAACUUUGUUGUUCAUAUUGUGAAGGUGUAUGCUAA